CUGGACAGCAACUCAGGAUGGCAUCAGGCAGGGCACGCUGUACCCGAAAACUCCGGAACUGGGUGGUGGAGCAAGUGGAGAGCGGGCAGUUCCCCGGAGUGUGCUGGGAUGAUACAGCUAAGACCAUGUUCCGGAUUCCCUGGAAGCAUGCAGGCAAGCAGGACUUCCGAGAGGACCAGGAUGCUGCCUUCUUCAAGGCCUGGGCAAUAUUUAAGGGAAAGUAUAAGGAAGGGGACACAGGAGGCCCCGCUGUCUGGAAGACUCGCCUGCGCUGUGCACUCAACAAGAGUACUGAAUUUGAGGAGGUUCCUAAGAGGGGCCGCAUGGAUGUUGCUGAGCCCUACAAGGUGUAUCGGCUGCUGCCACCAGGAACCUUCUCUGGCCAGCCAGGGACUCAGAAAUCACCAUCAAAGCGACAGCACAGUUCUGUGUCCUCUGAGAGGAAGGAGGAAGCGGGUGCCAUACAGAACUGCACACUCAGUCCUUCUGUGCUCCAGGACUCCCUCAAUAAUGAGGAGGAGGGGGCCAGUGGGGGAGCAGUCCAUUCAGACAUCGGGAGCAGCAGCAGCAGCAGCCCUGAGCCACAGGAAGGUACAGACACAACUGAGGCCCCCUUUCAAGGGGAUCAGAGGUCCCUGGAGUUUCUGCUUCCUCCAGAGUCAGACUACUCACUGCUGCUCACCUUCAUCUACAACGGACGUGUGGUGGGCGAGGCCCAGGUGCAAAGCCUGGAUUGCCGCCUUGUGGCUGAGCCCUCAGGCUCUGAGAGCAGCAUGGAGCAGGUGCUGUUCCCCAAGCCUGGCCCACUGGAGCCCACGCAGCGCCUGCUGAGCCAGCUUGAGAGGGGCAUCCUGGUGGCCAGCAACCCCCGAGGCCUCUUCGUGCAGCGCCUUUGCCCCAUUCCCAUCUCCUGGAAUGCACCCCAGGCUCCCCCUGGGCCAGGCCCGCAUCUGCUGCCCAGCAACGAGUGCGUGGAGCUCUUCAGAACCGCCUACUUCUGCAGAGACUUGGUCAAGUACUUCCAGGGCCUAGGCCCCCCACCGAAGUUCCAGGUAACACUGAAUUUCUGGGAAGAGAGCCGUGGCCCCAGCCAUACUCCACAGAAUCUUAUCACAGUGAAGAUGGAGCAGGCCUUUGCCCGAUACUUGCUGGAGGAGACUCCAGAGCAGCAGGCAGCCAUUCUGUCCCUGGUGUAGAACGUGGGGUACCCAUCUUCCACCUCACCUCUUUGUUCUUCCUGUCUCCUUUGAAAUAGACUCAUUCUUCACACGAUUGACCUGUCCUCUUUGUGAUAAUUCUCAAUAGUUGUCUGUGAUAACUGUAUCCUGAAAAUCCUCGCACACACUGGCUGGUGGAGCACUCAAGGCUAAUUUUUUAUCCUUUUUUUUUUUUUUUUUUAAUUUUGACAUAUACACCCUCUUUCAUCUGUAAGGGACUGGGAAAUUCCAAAUGGUGUGAACCCAGGGGGCAUCUCCCUCUCCUUCUUCCCUGACUUCCCAACUCUAAA